AUGUCCAUGCUUCAGGGUUAUCUUUGGGAUUCAUUUCAUGUCAUAGAUUAUCAUCAGAUAGCUUUGGAUGAUGAUUUGAAAUACGAAGAAUGGCUGGUACAGAUUAUUAAACAACAAGUGAAGCAGUUAAGAAAUAGAACAAUUCCAAUGGUAAAGGUGGAGUGGAAAGAACAAUAUGGAAAAGAGGUUACAUGGGAGAACAAGGAUGAGAUGCGGCAGCAGAACCCACAUCUAUAUUCGAAUGAAGAGACAAGAGCUGCCACAAACACAGCACCACAGUUUCUGCAGAGUGGCAGAGAGGUGCAAAAUAGAUUACCCUUCACAGCAACUCAGUGGCAAGAACUAGAGUGCCAGGCGCUUAUCUUCAAAUACAUGGUCUCUGGAACUCCCAUCCCUCCUGAUCUCCUCUGCACCCUCAAUACAACCUUCCACUCUUCUUCCCUCUCCUCAAAGCUCAGCAUCCUUCACCACCAACAACCUCAACAACAUCAUAAUGGAGUUGGGUGGGAGUGUUUUCAGAUGGGUUUUGGAAGGAAAAUUGAUCCAGAGCCAGGGAGGUGCAGAAGAACUGAUGGAAAGAAAUGGAGGUGCUCAAAAGAAGCAUACGCAGAUUCCAAAUAUUGUGAGAGACACAUGCACAGAGGCAGAAACCGUUCAAGAAAGCCUGUGGAAGUUACACCAACAUCAAUUAACCCAUUAAAAACACCCACACCAGCAUCUACAGCAAUACCAAUCUCAUCAAUCACCAAAAACCCAAACCCAAACCCCUACUACUCUUCCUCCUCCCUCUCAUCAGCAACCUCUAAUACCCAUUUCCUUUAUCCGAGUCAUUCAUCUUCUUCAAGACUUCCUGGGAUUAAUUUGUCAUCUCAAGAUUAUAGGUAUGGAUGUGGAAUGAAAGAGGGGGUGGUUGAUGAGCAUGCUUUCUUCUCUGAAAGUUGUGGGGCUGUGAGAAAUUAUUCUGGUUCUACCAUUGAUAAUCCUUGGCAAGUCACACCAACGACUAUGGGUUCUUCUUCUUCUUCACUGUCCCAUUUGAAACAGAGGACUUGCUCUGCUUUACAAAAUGGGUACCCUUUCUUGCAGCUUCAAGGAGGACUCUUCACUGAUAAUGAUGAUGGCUCAAAACAACAAAAUCAAGAUCAACAUCAGCAUCAGCAUUUCCAUGUUCUGGGUAGUGAAGUUCCCCUAAAAUUGGAGAGAGAUGAUGAUAUUGAUGAUAAACCCCAGAAAGUAAUGCACCAUUUUUUCGACGAAUGGCCGAAAAACAAAGAUUCAUGGCUUGAUGAUGAUGAAGAUGAUGAUUCAGAGGAUAAAUCUUCAAAUUAUGUGUCUGCUUCAACUACCCAGCUCUCAAUUUCCAUACCCAACAACACUUCACAUGACUUCUUCCUGACCCACAAUGGUUAACUCAACCCAAAAUUUGUGCUUUCAAUUUCCACUCUGCUCAAGUAAUUUUUGAUCGGUGCAUAGCUAACACUUUUUGUUUGCUGACAAAUGAGUUUUCAAAUAGUGGGUUUCUGAACUAAAUUAAGGUGAAAAGAGUCCUUGCAGGGUGAGGAUGGUGGUGUGUGGGUGGGGUUUGAGAAGAACUAAGAACUGCUUUGCUUUCUGUUGUUGUUGUUGAUUUAAUUAUGUAUGUGUGUUAAUUGAAGGACGGCAUGUGUUUUGCGUUCUUGAUUC